AUGGCGGCGAAUAACGUAAACAGGAAAAACACGAACGAGAAAAAUGGAGAUAUCAGUGCACUUAUUAGAGAAAAUCAGCAGCUCACAUACGAGAAUAACAAGCUCCUUACCGAUUUGAAUAUGAAAAACAUGCAGAUCGCCGCCCUCAAGCGCAAAAUAUGGGACUCAGAUAACGAGCUAAAUCAGAUUGUCCAUGAACGGGACUGGUUCAGGUCAAAAACUAAGGAAUUAGAAAAGGCUCUCCACCAGUCGAAGCUGACUCCAACAUCGGAAAAGCGUCAAAAUCCAUUCUUUCAAAGUCCCUAA